AUGUUCCUGUACGACAUCAAAGGUGGGAACAUGAUGCUGUGGCCCGACGUCUACGACAUGAACAAGGUGCGCGAGGCGGAUUUCAAGAUCUAUCAGCACAGUGGCCUCUAUGCUUGGCACCACGCGAACGGGCGGAACGAGACAGAGCUCAUGUGCAGCAUGAAGAUGAUGCUUCUCGGCGAGCUGAAUCCCAGCGUGCACGCCCGUGUCAUUGGCUACAAGGCCAUCAAGUGGCGUUUCGAUGAGGACCUGAAGGACUUACAGUUGCUGAUGGAGGCCUUUCCUUGUGCCAAGGUGAUCUUGAGCAAGAGAAGGAACAUCGAUGACCAGCUUCUUUCCCAAGGAGAAGUGUUUGGAAGCAUGGACUACUUUGCCACGGAGCAAGCGAACAAGGCCAUGGACAAGUUCAAAAAGCAUCACAGCGACAGGUCUUUUAGCUUGGACUUGGAGGAUUUCGACGUCGAGCACUUCAACAGUUUACUGAGCUUCUUGGGUGAGGAUGACAAGUGCCGGUACGUGGAUGUCGUACAUGACAAUGCCGGCAGACUCCAGUCGCCAGCAGAGCCGCUGGAAUGGUCGGCAAUAAAGUGUAAUUUUACAGAAGGCAACUAG